AUGGAAAAACAACAACUCUAUUCGGAUUUUAAUUAUCCGGAAUUUGAAGUAUGGUGUGGACCAGCUGGACAAGUUUUCUAUGCACCAUAUAAUUAUACGCGGAAUUACAAUUUGGAAAUGAAAUAUUGGAAUCCGGCAGCGAUACAGCUAUUUUUUGCUAAGCAUUGGAGUACAUCAGCAUUUAUAGCUCUUCUUUACAUAUGUUUAAUUCAUGCUUUACAACGUUAUCAACGAACUCGAAAAGCUUGGAAUCUUCGAUUACCAUUAUGUAUAUGGAAUAUAACUCUUUCAAUAUUCAGUUUUAUUGCAACAAUUAGAUUUGGCGAAGAAUUUUACAAUACUUUAUCAACACGUCCAUUUGUGCAUUCAAUUUGUUAUUCCAUUUCACCUUUUCAACCAGCCGCUGUUUGGGCUUUCGCAUUUGCAGCAUCAAAAGUUGUUGAGCUUGGUGAUACCAUUUUUUUGUUAAUGCGUAAGAAGCCAAUAAUAUUCUUACAUUGGUAUCAUCAUGCUGUUGUUCUUAUCUAUAGUUGGAAUACUGCAGUUGAAAUAACAGCUCCAGGUCGUUGGUAUAUCAUGAUGAAUUUUUUUGUACAUUCUAUAAUGUAUUCAUAUUAUUCAAUUACAUCAUGGGGUAUUCGACCACCAAAAUUAUUUCCCAUAAUUGUUACUGUAUUACAAACAUCACAAAUGCUUAUUGGUGUCUUCAUUUCAAUAAUGGUACUCAAACAGAAACUCAAAAAUGCUGUUUGUCAACAAUCAAUGGAUAAUCUUGCACUUGGUUUUGCUAUUUACUCAUCAUUUGCUGUACUUUUCAUACGAUAUUUUCAUGAUACAUAUAUGAGGCCGAAGAAAUUUUUAGAAAAGAAAAUGGAAUAG